AUGGAUACCUUUGGCCCGUUUAUAAUCCAGACCUGUUUUUCAACUGACAGAUUUAAUCCUAAAAAGAGCUAUCCCCGGAAAUUCAUUCCUAUGUCAUCCCUGUACCUGCUUAAUGACUGGUCUAAAUAUGGGCUGGGAUUGGAUUACGGACCCCCGGAAAUCAAUUUAGACAACAAAAUUUAUGCAUUCUACAAUGGCAGUUGGGUCAUUGAAGGUGACUCACAAUGUGCUCCCAAAGCAAGUAUAGCACAUAAUAGGCUGCUAGCCAGAAACAAAACUUUGAUUAAAGAGAAAAAUUGUUUGAAACUUCAGAUGGAAAUUCUCAUAGACAUGUUAGCUGAGACAACUAUCAAACUUGCAGCUGCUGAAGAGAAACUAAGGAAAAUGUCAAUUCACAAGAAAGAAGCUCAUAUGGAUCAGUCUCAGCAGCAAUCCCAUUAA